AUGUUUUUCACAUACAACGAUCUUACUCUAUUGUUACUUAUCAUCAGCAUGGUCCCGGCAUUGGCCAGUACGAUUCAAGCCACACAGACCGCUGCUGGAGUCAAUCAGCAAAGUCGAGCCCAAUACCCUGACGUACCCCUCCCACGUGAUAAGUCUACUGCGACGGAUGCCCUCAACAUCCUUAGAUGUGUUCAAGUAAACGGAUACCCCAAUGCCACUCAAAUCGGGAAGGAGCAGGACGGUAUCCUGGUUUUUCUCCCGGGCAUCUACGAGGUCUUUAACACCAGCUAUGUUCGAAAUGUAAGCGCCUGUAGCACGAUUUAUGGUUUCGGCGUGCAAGUAUCUAUACAUAGCGGUAGUCAAUUCGACGAUGACGUUACUUUUAUCGGGACUCUCGCAGAGCUGGUAGCGGAUCGAACGCAAAUAACUGGUCUUACCAGGGCCAGUUACAUAGUCGAGUCAGACCUGGGAGGGACAGCAGUAGAUAGCCCUUACCUUCAACGCAGGACUAGCACUUACUACUAUGCGUAUAUGGCUGACGACGCUGCGUGA